GCAGUUCUAGAAUUCUCUGUUAUCGUCUCAUAAAACCUCGCCUGCAGACUCCAAAGUGUUUUAGGGUUUUAUCUUCUUCACUAUAACAAGGCCACUCAAGCUCUCUCUCUCUCUCUCCAAAUCCCAAAUUUCAUAAGAAAUGGCCACAGCUCAGCUCACAGCCUCGUCAAUCUCAGCCAGAAGCUUGGCCUCAUUCGAAGGGCUUAGACCCUCAAACGCCAAGUUCGGUUCUCCAGCUUCUGUGUCACUUAUGGGCCACCGCUCCUUCCGCGGCCUCGUCGUCAAGGCCGCCACCACCGUUGCUCCCAAGUACACUUCGAUCAAGCCUUUGGGCGACAGAGUACUUGUGAAGAUCAACACAGUGGAGGAGAAAAGUUCUGGUGGAAUUUUGCUCCCGACCACUGCUCAGACAAAGCCUCAAGGAGGUGAAGUGGUUGCUGUUGGUGAGGGAAAAACCAUUGGGAAAACAAAAGUGGGAAUCAGUGUCGAGACCGGUGCAGAAGUUGUAUAUUCCAAAUAUGCUGGAACAGAGGUGGAGUUCAAUGGUACAAAGCACCUUAUUUUGAAGGAUGACGACAUUGUUGGUAUCCUUCAGACAGAUGAUAUCAAGGAUCUUAAACCCCUGAAUGACAGAGUCCUAAUCAAGGUUGCUGAGGCUGAGCAAAAGACUGCUGGAGGUUUGUUGCUGACAGAGGCAAGCAAGGAGAAACCCUCUAUUGGCGAGGUGAUUGCUGUUGGACCCGGUUCUGUUGACGAGGAAGGCAACAAUAAACCAUUAAGCAUCAGCAAGGGGAGCACAGUAUUGUACUCCAAGUAUGCUGGGAAUGACUUCAAGGGCAAAGAUGGUUCUGAAUACAUUGCUUUGAGGGCUUCAGAUGUCAUUGCAAUCCUUUCUUAGUUGUCCAAUUAGAUGUUGUCACCCGUUUGUAUUUUUGACAUGUCUCGCAGAGCUUCUAAACAAUUCUGAUUACAUGGUUCAAGCCCUUAAGCGCUUCAGGUGUCAUUUCUGUACCUUUGGGAGACAAAAAAUAACACUGGGAAUAUAAUGAUUGUUGCAGUUGUGGCAAAUUUGUUAUCAA